ACGUAUUUCAGAGCUAACCCCGCCCCUUUUGCCAAACUGUCCAAUCAGAGUGAGCGGAGUGUGCGCGAGCUCAGCGCAGAGACUCAGGUAACGGAAUGAAUCUGAGCGGAUUAUGCCCCGAAAAAACCUCUUUAAAACCUGAAUAAACUCGACCAAACUCCAAAGAUGGACGCGAGCUUCGUGUUAGCCGCUGUUAUCUUCACUUUAUUGGCCAUUGUGGUCGCUACGUCGAUGUUUACGGGCACUUCGCCGUCCUCGGACUACGGGCGGAGAGCGGCGGGCAGAGUGACCGAGGAGGAGAGCGCCUCCCCGGGCAAACACAACGGACACGGCCCCUGCUCUGCCCCGGAGCCUCAGCCCAGGAAAACCGCGGAGUUUGACUGGACUGAGAUGAGCGGCAGCUCGCACGAUCACUGGGACGUGGUCAAAAACGUGCAGUCGGAGGAGGAGCAGCUGAGCACAGACCUGUCCAGACCUCCCUCCAGCUCCUCCUCUGGGCGGGGCUCCUACAUCAACCUCUCAGACUCAGAGCUCCUCAAAUGUGCUUUCCCCUUAUCACAGACAGAGGGCGCCACAGAGAGCACAGACCACAGAGACAAAGUGGACUCAAACUCGAGCAGUUUCCGGUAUCUUCCUGGGAAGUCUCGGUCUCAUCAUUUCCAGAUGAUGAUGUCCAAAGACGAGCUGGAGGAGGAGCAGAGAGUUCAGCGACAGCAGCUGGCGGCCAUUUUCCAGCUCCUAAAGAACAAUCAGGACACGUUUGGAGAAGUGUCACAGAACGACAUGGACGAGCAGCUCAAACUCUACUCGAUCUGAUCUACACAUGGACAAAAAAACACACAAACGAUACACGAAGAAUACACAAACACACAAACUAUAUACAAAAAGGGAUGGGAUUAGGUCCACAGGAACGAGACGAGAUGACAUUUUGACACAAUUUCUCAUAAAAACUGCGAUUCAGUUCUCAAUUUCAGCCUCGGUAUUUUGUAUUUAUUUAGUUUUUGUAUUUUUUCUAUCAUUCUAGCACUGCCUUUUGGAACUAUAAAAGCGCAAACUCAAAUACGUAACCCUUUUUUUUUGAGCAAACCAAAUGUAAAAACGCACAGGAAACAAAUCUCACGAGAUCUUGUCCCAUCCCUAAAACACAAAAAAACAGGAACCCUUUUUAAACAUUUAUACUGAAAAGAACCAAGAACUGCAUUUUAAACAAGAUGAUUCAACAUUUUCACAUUUCAAACUAAAACUCGUUGUUGAAUAAUUGUUCAAAAUCAGGAACGGGCCCCGUCAGUUUAAUGACCUGUGUGGAAGUGUGUCCCCCGUAGAGUCCGACUGAGCCCAAACCGAUAAACAAAUCACCGAUCGACGUCUCAAAAACUGAAUCUGCAUAAACGGUUUUGGUUUUAAAGGCGCUGUACCUGAUUUGACUGUUUUUGAAAACGUGAAGCGGUUUGCAGUUUUUCCUCACGUACCGUACACAUUCAGAACGCCCUAAUUACUCACCGUGAUGAGUUUAUAAGCGCUUUUCCACGACUUAUAGAAGCCGGAGCAUGCUAACCUGCACUUCCUGCUUACUGGAUGAUAAAAUACUUGACAAUUAAGCGCUGCGUGUACAAUAUAUCUGUACUGGACACGUUUUACUCAAAUACAUGUGAAGACAAUCAGGUACAGGGCCUUUUUUUACUACGACUACGACUACUACUACUACUGCUACGACUACUACUGCUACUGCUACGACUAGUACGACUACUACUACUACUAUUACUGCUACUACUACUACUACUACUGCUACUGCUACUACGACUACUACUGCUAUUGCUACGACUACUGCUACUACUACUACUACUGCUACUACGGCUACUGCUAUGACUACUGCUACUACUACUACUAUUACUACUACUGCUACUGCUACAAUUACUGCUACUACUACUGCUGCUGCUACUGCUACUGCUACGACUACUACUGCUACUGCUACAACUACUGCUACUGCUACUACUGCUACUGCUACUACUACUGCUACUACUACUACUACUACUACUGGUACGACUACUACUGCUACUGCUACAACUACUGCUACUACUACUACUGCUACUGCUACUGCUAUGACUACUGCUACUACUACUACUACUACUACGACUACUGCACAAACCUUUGGCAGAUUUUGAGUCGGACAGUUGAACGCUGACACAGUUUAAUAAGAAAUCUUUUUAUAUUUAUUUUAUUUAUCCUGUAUUUUAUUAUAUUAUUACUUAGAGGAGAAAUGUUUUAUACGUAAAUAUCUGCGGGCAGGUGAACCGUAUUCAAUCAAAAAACGGCUUUAAAUCGGCUUUAAUAGUCGCUCCAAAAUCAUCCACCGGAGGGCGAUAUUGCACAUGUUUAGCUUCAUUUCUGUGUGUUAAAAUAACUCCAGAGGAAAUGUAUCGUUCAAAACCGUUAAAAUUCACAUGUGAUCAAUGUUAAACUCCAUUAUAAUGUCACAGAUUCUUAUGGGGCAUUUUCAUAAGUCGUUUUAAAGCGAAGUGAAAGUGACUCCGUACAAAUACUUGGCGUAACUGAGGUGAAUAUUUUGGCACUGACACUUUAAAUCCGGACUUGGACCUGAGUCAGAUUACAAAGAUUUACAUACCAAGUGUGAUUAGACUCAUUGUUCUGAUAAAACACUGACAGACACGCCUGAUCAGGAAACUCUGAGAAACAUUACAGAUGAUUUCACGUCUUCUGAAUUAGCAAACAUUUCCUGAAUAGCUGUGUAAAGUUUUCCUCUAUAAAGAAAAUAAAAAUGUUGAUAUCG